CUGCUCUCUUCAUUCCUUUAAAAGAAAUCCAAAAAAGUAACUCUUUUUCCUCUUCUUUUUUCACAAACUGUGGAUCACAGACUGAUCUCAGUGCAUCAUCCAUUUGAUUUAUUGGCUUUUGUCCCAAGUUGUUCACUUCUAAACCAAGAAAAAAAAAAAAAGAACAGGAAGAUUAUGGGUGAUCCUGUAAGUCUUUCUUGCUUUGCAGGCAACAUUUUUGACAAGGUUUUUGAUCCAAUUAAGUACCUUGUCAUAUAUCCAAUCACUGCUCUGUACUUCUGUAAACAAAAUGUUACGAAGCUGAUGGCUAAACUGGAUGUGCUGGCCAUUAGGGAAAGGGACCUGCAGCACAGAGUUUGUGAAGCUCAGCAAAGGGGGGACGAGAUUUUGGAGGAGGUCGAGCAGUGGAUGAGUGAAGCGCACGAGCACAUCAGUGGAAAGAGAAAGGCCGACGUAGAUGAAUUAAUAGCAAAAGCUGAGAGGAAGUAUUGCUUUGGGUGUUGUCCUAAUCCCAAGGCUCUCUAUGAUCUUAGUGAGAAAGCAAAGGAGUAUGCUGCGGAUGUUGAUGGACUCAUGCAAAAGGUCUUCGGAGGAGUUUCGUACUUUCAUUUUCAGAAACAGGAAAGUAUUGUUUCACGGGAUGAUUUUGUUAACUUUAAAUCAAGAAACAAGGUUUUGGGCGAGAUCAUGAAUGCACUACAGAGUCCAACUGUUGACAUGGUAGGGGUGUACGGGAUGCCUGGGGUGGGGAAGACAACUCUGGUGAAAGAAGUUAAAAGAAAAGCUGAGCAAGAGAAAUUGUUUGAUGUUGUGGUCAUGGCUAAUGUGACAAGCUCUCCUGACUUGCCAAAACUUGUAGAGGAAAUGGCACUCGGCUUGGGUAUGUGUCAGCUUCCUGAAGGCCUCCGUUCUCGGCAAGUAGCUGCUCGAAUAAAUGGACGGCUGACAGAAAAGAAUGCGCUUGUUAUUUUGGACGAUGUUUGGGAGAAAAUAGAUUUGAAGAAGGAUCUUGGAAUUCCUGGAAGCAAGCAGAAGCGUCUUGUAGCAGGGCAACAGAAUGAAGAAAGCUCACUGCCACAUAAUGAGGAGGGCUCAUUAAGAGAAGAACCAAAGGAGUGUAAAGUUUUACUUACAUCCAGACAACAUAAAGUUCUAUUAGAAGAGAUGGGUGUUCAAAGUGAUAACAUCUUCCAUGUUAACAAGUUGGAAGAUGAUGAGGCUAAGGAGCUGUUUAAGUUGAGAGUUCAAGAUGAUAUUGAAAGCUCUCACCGAUCGGACGUUAUUGAGAUUGUGAAGAGAUCCUCCGGACUGCCGCUUGCCAUUGAAAAAAUAGCAAUGGCUUUGAGAGGAAAGGACAAUCAGCAGUGGAAUUCUCUAUUGCCAAAACUUAAAGCCUCUACGGAUGUUGUUCGUGCAGCUAUUGAGUUCAGUUUUGGGCAGUUGGAAAGCAAAGAGCUCCAGCAAACUUUCUUGCUUUGCUGUCUAAUGGGCCGUAACGCAUCCAUCGAAGACUUAAUGGAGUAUGGUACUGGCUUAAAAUUAUUCCCAGGAUUGAACAAAAUAGAGGAGUUCAGAGAUGCAGCACUCGCUUCGGUGAAAAUUCUCCGAGACUCUUCUUUGUUACUCAAUGGUCCUACCAAUAUGCAGUUCGACAUGCAAGAUGCUGACCAAGAAGUUGCCAUGUCAAUUGCUUCCAGGGAUGGAGAAAUGUUAUCUUCCAAAGAUGAAGAUGCAGCAGCGGUGUGGCCAGACGAGGAGGCAAUAUCCGUAAAACUCAAGUGGAUUUAUUUGCCAAAUGCUGAUAUUAGUCAACUUCUUCGUGAGUUGGAGUUGCGGAGCAAUUCCGAAGGAGGGUAUAAACAGGUACAAUGUCCUCAGCUUACUUUCUUUCAUUUGUCUAACAAGUAUCCUUCUUCAGAAACUGCAGUCCCAGCAGACUUUUUUGAGGGAAUGAAAAACCUCGAAGUCUUGAGUUUGACUAAGAUGCAUUUCUUGUCGAUGCCUCAAUCAAUUUCCCUCCUAACAAAGCUUCGAACAUUGCGUCUCAAUCAAAGUAAGUUAGGAGCACUAGAAGGCUUGGGGGAGAUCAUGGGAAAGCUGAAGAAGUUACAAGUCCUCAACCUUGCAGGAUGUGAUAUUACUGAGCUGCCAAUGGAAAUAGCAUGCUUGACGAUGUUAAAGUUGCUAGACAUGACUGAUUGUACCAACCUCAAAGUAAUUUCACGGGAUAUCUUGUCCAAAUUGUAUAGACUAGAGGAGCUAAAAAUGGCCAACAGCUUUGACCAGUGGCAGUUUAUCGAGCAGCAUGAGAAUCAAAAUGGAAAUGCUAGCCUUGCUGAGUUGAAGAAUUUGAAGAAAUUGACUACUUUAGAAGUUUGUAUUAAUGAUAUCCAAAUGAUCCCAGAAGGCUUGUUUAAUGCAGAACGGAAAAGAUACAAGAUAUUUGUAGGAGAUUUGUGGAGGCACCGGUACAGUUCUUCUGAAAACACAAAAAUAUUGAAGUUGGAAUUGAAGGCAGGCAGUUCUCAUAGUUCAGUUACAAAGUUAUUAAAAGUCUGUGAAGAACUACAUCUAGAGGGAUUGCAUGGUGUUAAGAAUGUGGUUUAUCAGUUAGAAAAUGAAGGUUUUCAAAAACUAAGGUCUCUCUAUGUCCGAAAUGCUCCAGGGAUUCAAUUUAUGAUUGACUCAGAGAGGUUAGUAUGUAGCGAUCCAUUUCCAGUCUUGGAGGAGUUGGUCCUUCAGAAUUUGACAAAAAUGGAGAAGAUAUGUCUGAAACAGCUUAUCCAACUCCAGGAAAUUAGCUUGAUAGACUGUGAGAACGUUGAAGAGAUUGUUGCUGAGGAGGCACAAGUAACCGUUCGUGAGAUUGAGGAAGCAGCUACAAAAGUUGAGCCUGGCCAAGAGAUUGUUGCUGAGGAGGCACAAGCAACCAUUCGUGAGAUUGAGGAAGCAGCUACAAAAAUUGAGCUUGGCCAAGUACGGUCCCUGAGAUUAGAAAAAUUACCGAACUUUAUUAGUUUCUGUCAGGAAAAGAAUAGCCGCGUCGCAGAUCAAGAAGGGGAUCGGUUAUCAAGCUCUAGAUGCAUGCCACUUUUCAAUGAAAAGGUUGUGUUUCCAAUGCUUGAGGAGUUGCAGUUAACUGAUGUUAAGAUUGACAGGAUAUGGAACACUUUAGCAACACGCGACUCUGUUCAGAAGCUUACGAAAUUGAACAUUGUGUCUUGUAGUGAUUUAAAAUAUCUAUUCUCAUCCUCUUUGGCUAAUGGUCUCGUGAAGCUUCUUCGCCUUCGAAUAGUAGGCUGCAAGAGUUUGAGAGAGAUUAUUGCCACGGAUACUGGUCCAGAAAUGGGUAAUUGUUUUGUUGAAUUCCCAUCUUUGAAGCGAUUGAGUAUAAUAAAUUGCCCGGAAUUAAUGGGAUUCAUGGUCAAAUCUGAGAGCACAAAUGAAGCAGAUGACGCACUGCCCUUCUUCGAUGAACAUGUUGCAUUUCCCUGCUUGGAAAGCAUCAUUCUCUACGAUUUAAGAAACACAAAGAUCAUAUGGCACAGCCAACUCUCUCCGGGUUCCUUUGGCAAACUCUCAGAGUUGAAGGUUGGAAAUUGUGAGAAUUUAAUGACAAUUUUUACAAAAGAUAUGCUGGGAAGCAUCUUUAAAUCCAUAGAUACGUUAGCAAUUUAUAAAUGUGCUUCCAUAGAAGAGGUGUUUAAAGUGGGAGAGAUAAACUUCAAAGAAUCAGUACAGACUCCGCUGAGAAAUUUGUUGAUUAAUGGUCUACCGAGCUUGAAGCAUGUGUGGAAUGAGGAUCCCAAAGAAAUUCUCACUUUUCGUAAUAUGGAAUCGGUGGUUGUUCGUAACUGUCCUAAUAUCAAAAGUGUGUUUCCAAUUUCAGUAGCCAAAGGCCUUAAACAACUCCAAAAGCUACAAAUAGAGAGUUGUGGGGUGGAGGAAAUUGUUGCAAUGGGACGUGAAGGAACAGAAGCAGAGGUUAAGUUUGUGUUUCCUCGACUGUCAAACCUCAGACUUGCAAAGCUGGAAAGCCUCAGAUAUUUUUACUCAGGAAAACACAGAACGCUUUGGCCAGAGUUAAAAAAGUUGGAUGUUUUUGACUGUGGUUGUGUUGAUGAAGUGGAGAUAAGAAAUGGACAAGGGCGACCAGAUUUCCCCGUUGGACAGCCACUUUUCUACAUGAAAGAGAUCAUUCCUCAAUUGGAGAAAUUGUCCUUGUCAAAAGAUGACAUCGAUAUGAUAAGAGAAUCCCGAUUUAAACGAGACUUCUUUUUCAGUAUAAAAGUCCUUCGGAUUUCUCAUUACAUUGGUGGUGAAUCGGCUAUUUUUCCAAUCGGCUUCCUCCGCAAAUUCUACGACUUGGAAAAACUCGUUUUAACCAAGUGUUCUCUCGAAGAGUUAUUCCCUUCACAUGGACAAGGAGAGGUUGAAGAAGAAGAACAGAAACACUUUGAUACACAAUUCUCAAGGAUUAAAACAUUAAAGCUGGAAUUCAUUACUAAUCUCAAGCAUGUUUGGAGCGGAGACUCGUCAAAUGUUCUUUCAAAUCUUGAAACUCUUAAAGUGGUUCGGGGUGAUGAUUUGAUCAGUUUAUGGACAUCCACGACAUCAUUCAAGAAUCUCACUACUUUGUUUGUAGCGGGUUGCCAUAAAAUGGAGAACUUGGUUUCAGUUGCAACAGUCCAAAGCCUGGUGAAUGUAAAGAGUAUGACGGUGAGAUAUUGCUAUAAGCUGACUGAAAUAGUUGGAAGCCAAGGAGAUUUGACACAAGAUCCCAUCAUUUUCAGUAGUUUGAGAUAUUUGAAACUUGAAGCUUUGAUAAGAUUAGCAUGCUUCUGUUCUGGGAAUUUCAUCUUUGAUUUCCCAAAUCUGGGGCAACUAAUUGUGGAACAAUGCCCUAAAUUGGAGAUCUUCUCCAAGAGAGUCCCAAAAACACCACGACUGCUGCAAGUAGAGGGAGGGGUAUUGUGGAAUAUGGAAGGUUGCAUUUAUUGGUUUGGUGGCUUCGAGCCUCUCCGAGUUUCCUGAACUGAUUCAAAAUUGGCAUACUAGUAGCCUUCAAAUCUUAGAUUUUAGAUGCCUUGUCUAUCUGGACAUUUGUCAUUGCACCAACUUGCGAUACCUGUUUACCCCCUCUAUGGUCAUGAGCCUUGUGAGCCUCAGACAGUUGAAAGUAGAAAAAUGCACAAUAAUGGAAGCAGUGAUAAUGGAGGAAGGAGCAGAAAAUAAGAUAAUACUCCCUUA